GAAGAAAAUCUAAACAAAGAGUUGAUACUCUUUGAUCCAAAUGUUAGAUGUUGGUUAUGUUUGUUGAUUGCCCUAAAAGAAACAAAACAUUUAAACUUAAAAACUUUCUUUUAUAAAUUGAUGAUGUUUAUGUAAUUAAUUUUCCAUUUAGAAUGGGGAAUAAAUCAUGUUGUCGUAAAUGCUACAUAGGAGCAGUAGUAUAUAUAUUAGUCCUGUUACUCCUGAUAUUUUUAAUAUUAUUCAUCAUAAUUCCAUUAGCCUUUAAAUUCAGUACAGAAAUACAGAGAAAUCUAGUUUUCCCUACUUGGUAUGUUCAACCGAAAAAUUAUUCGAAUUUACAUAGAUAUCAGUUGAAAGGAGUACGAAAUCUAUAUGUGAAAGUCAACGAGGAGAAGAAUAUUACUCUUGGUGUUUUACAAAUAUUACCUUCUGAAUUAUUGUCAGAAUUCAUUGGAAAUGAUGACUAUGAUUAUGAAAAUAUCUUAAAAAAUUCCAAACACAAUGUUUUAUUAUAUUUUCAUGGAAAUGGACAAGAUCGCUUGGAAGCCGUUGGAACAUUCAAAGUUUUAAGGAAAUUUUUUUAUGUAAUAUCUUUUGAUUAUAGAGGUUAUGCAGAUUCUUCUCUGGCAGAGCUCACUGAAAAUGGGGUUGUGGAAGAUAGUGUGGCAUUAUUUAAGUAUGUGAGAAACUUAACAAGUUCUAGGAUUUUCUUCUGGGGCCAUUCCAUCGGUACUGGAGUGGCCUUACAUACAGCUGCUAAUCUUAAAUCAGAAAACAUGAUACCAACAGGUGUUAUGUUAGAGGCUCCAUUCACAUCAGUUACAGAUGUUAUGAAUGAAAGUCCUUUGGUGAAAGCAUAUUCUUGGCUUCCUUGGUUUUCUUACACUAUAAUAGAUCCUAUGGUUGACAAUGGAUUUAACUUUGAUUCCCAAAUGUAUAUCCUUGAUGUAGACUGCCCUGUAAUGAUAAUCCAUGCCAAAGAUGAUGAAAUUAUUCCGUUUCAAAUUGCUACAAAGUUAUACAAUAUUGCUAGAGCAAACAGAAAUGAUACUUAUCAAGGUGAGGUCACGUAUCAUUUGUUAGAUGCUGUUGGAUAUGGACAUGAAUGGAUUUCUGAAGAGCCUGCUCUACCAGACUAUAUAAGAACAUUCGUGGAGAACGCAGUUCAAUUUGAAAGAGAUGUAACAAACAAAAGACUCUUGACUGAAAAAACCAUUUGAGCAGCUGAUUGUGGAAGUGUAUUGUGAAUUUUAUUUUUAUCUCAUAGAUUUUUACUAAUAUACAAAUGAUUAUAAUUUACUAAAUCAAAUAAAUAUAGUUUUUAUAA